GAAGUUGCAUCCGAGCACCUGUUAGAGUAGUGUCGGAUAAAAAUUCUCCGCGUCCUUGGAUCUGCGACUGGCGGCAAUUGCACUACUACAGGCUGGACCUCAUCGGCAUGAUUGGAUUUUUGUCGUGCAGCUUUGCCCCGUGAAAUGCUGAGAACCUCGAGAGUUCUUGCGUUUCUCGAACUCUUUAAGUGAAACUUAGUACGUCGACUUCACGUUGGCGGUUCUUUGCCCGACUCAAAAGCAGUGUGGGUAUCCGUCUCUUGCGGGGACUCUCCGGGGGUAAGGUGCCGUCUCCGACUGUGUGUCGCAUGUCUACUUGACCCCGAAAGAAGCCGGGAGACUGGGGUACAGCCCGCAGGCACUCCCUUUCCUCGCAUUUUUGUAAUUAGUUGAGUGUGAACUGGCCUGAAACGCGAAAGGGAAACGGAAAUUACUGGAGAAUCGAAGAGGUAACGUUGCCGAACUGCGAGGGGCACACGAGACAGGUCGCUGUGCAGACACAUGCGCACGUCGGCUCGGGCGUCUCUUCCGGCUCAUCUUCGCCUUUUGAGCUGGUUGUAAAGAACUUGCUCUGAGGAAUCUCGGAACUCGGCCGCGAAUGGACCCCCUUGUUUCAUUUACCAUUUUCCCCUAGUCUUCUGUGGACGGCAAGCUGGACGGUGGCCGUUUCGGGACGAAGUGGCAGUGGGAACACCGCGAAUCCCGCACGCCCCCGACUGUUUCUAGAGUAACGCACGAACUGGCAAAGGAUAGGGAACGCUACGAAACCAAGUUCCUGGACGCCUUCAAAUUCGAGUAUCAAACAAAAGAAGGCGGAUUCGCCAUUCUCCCGUCGAUGUUCUAUUGUCCGCCCCAGCUGACUUUUCGUUUCCUGCCACUAGUCAAGACAGUGGUUUGUGAGGUUCCGUCGGCCUGGUUCAAAAUCCGCUGCGCUGCGGCGCCUGUGCGGUGUACAGACAGUCCAGUUCCUGUGUCGUUCUAUCGCGGGUGUCACCGUCCACCUGCAGACUCGUUUUUUCGGCUAAGUUUUCGCCGACAUCGGAACGACGGAUCGCCUUGCGCGACCCUGCGUCCACCAAGCGUCGCAUUCUGUCCUUGUGUAGCAGCAUGACUCCUCGCGCUGUGUGGUCGCCGCCGUGACACCCGCAAUCCAACAUGUCCAGGCGAGGGGAGUGCUCCUCGCUGACGACCGAGCACUCGGAAAUCCGCGGCCGGCCGCCCGCCGACUGCGCCUUCGAAGGAGUUUCGUCUGCGCCGCUCACUGAGGUUUCAGCAACGUCCCAGUCGGCGGCGCAGGAUGCCAGUAUUCCGCCGCUGAGCACCACCGACCUUGCAGACCUGUUCCAGACGGAGCUAUCCGUGCCUGCAGAAUUGCUUCUUCGUUCGUUUUCUUCACGACAAGGCCACCGCCACUUCUGCCAUGGAAGUGGAAAGGGUGGCGAGCAGAGCGGCGACCCCGCGUCAAGUUUGCCCGACACGCUCACGCAGUUUAGCCCGCUCGUCUCUCCCCUUCUAAGCCCGGCUGCACCCCCGUCGCAUUCCCUUAACUUUCCUUGUGACUCAACUCGCGAGCCUCCGCUCGCGGACGACGGAGAAUCUCGAAGGUUCUGGAUUUCUGCCCUCGUUCCCUGGCACUCGCGCCAGGCUCCGUCGCACACCACAGUGGAAGAGGGGGACGCGGACGACGAAAAAGGGGAAAACGAAGACUCCGAAGAGGAAGCCUUCGAUGAUGCAGGGGUCGCGGUGCGUGUCGCCGACAGAGGUCGCGCGGUCACGCCCGGAUGUUCGCAUGCGAGUGAGAGAUUGAACAGUUUGGGGCUUCGCGUCGUGCGUCUCAGCAUGGGGGCGCGAUCCCGAAGAGACUCCUUCGGGACGGGAAGUGCCAAAGCUUUCUUGUCAGAAUGGACCUCUUCGAAGGACGAAUCUGUCGACGGUUUUAGCCACGUGACCAAGGAUACGGGCGUCUGUCUUCGAAGCGUAUGUUCGCUAUCCCCGCUGCUGACUGUUCACGCAGCAUCCGAGAAGAAGUUUCCUGACGGCGGCCGAGCACCAGGUGCCGCAUGUGAACGACAAACACUCCUUGAGCGAUCCUCUGCAGACACGGUGGAGGACCUCUCUGCAGGUUACCGCACCGAUGGCGGGCGCUCGGACACUCAGGGGACCCCCCGCCGCCUCCGGUGGUCCACCAGGGAACCCCAUCCUCGCCCGCCUGUCCCUGCACUCGAUACGGAGCUCCUGAAGUUGGACACAAAGAGACUCACAGCCUCUGGGAAUCAUGUGCCCCCGCCUCUCAACAGCCACGCCCCAGACGUUGGGGCUUCCAACAGCUUCCCAGCGGUUGUGCCGGGGAUGCCAAACCCGCGGCGGAACGCCUCAGACGGAGCCCUACUCCGGGGGCGCGAUCGCUCCUCCGACAGCCUCAGGCGGCGGCCCACGCGAGGGCAGGGUGGCUGGAAGUCUCAAAGCAGCGCCGCAGCUGUGCUGGUUUCCUCGACGAGUGUCGGCAGCAGCCUGCGGACUCUGGCGACACCUGCAGAGCUCUUCCAAGCGGCGCGGCGCGGGCUAUAUCGCCAGGCGAUUGGCGAGUUUCGCGCAGGUCCCUUGUACCGGAACGUGGCGGGAAUCUUCCCAGACGGAGGCGCGAUGACCCGCCGAGAACUCGAACGCGAAUUUAUCUACCGAAGUGUGAGCUACGCAGCUUCGAACCACAGCCGAGCACACCUCCAGGCUCUCCACGAGGUCGUGACGCGGUUGUCUGGCGGGACGCAGAUGGACGUCCUUCCGCAAGACUUUGUGUGGGCGGAGCAGAACCCUGCGAUUGCAUCGCGGAGCCCAGAUGAGGUCGCGAGGCUCUCCGACCUUCUGGAGUACCCUCGCAUGAUCAGGACGCUCGACGCCGACACAGUGAACUGGCUCGACCGCCAGCGAAACCGGGGCUACUGGGGCCAGAAAGCCUGUCUGUACAUCCUGUGCGUGAUUGUCCUGGUGAGCACGCAGUCGAUGGAGGAUCUCUGGGCCGAAGUUCUCAAGUAUGAAUGUGCAGGCUGGAUCUUCUUCAUCUACACAGCAGCCCUCCUCUUGGUUUGCCUCCCCAUCAUGGCGUUCGAACUUGCCAUAGGCGAGGUCACGCGCGUCUCGACCCCCUACGUCUACUGGAGCCUCUGCAAGCGCGCGAGAGGGCUAGGCAUCUUCAUGUGUCUCAUCAUCCUCUUCUGUGAAGUCGUCCCCUACUCAAGACGCCCAGCCGAGUGUCUGGUGUACCUCGUUGAAUCCUUUCGCCCCAUUCAACCGUGGCUUCUCACAAGGGAGGAAGUCCAAGACUGCAGGCAGUUUGGGAUGAAUGAGGCGCUUUGCAACUCGAGAAGUUACUGCGUCUUCUCCGAGGAAAGAGGGUACUGUGUCCCGUACAACAUAGGAAAGUCUGCAGUGAUGUACAGUCAACGGUUCGGAUUCAGAAGAGAAAACGGCGUUUUCUCUCCUUACCAUCUCUAUGCGUCACUCAAUUCCUCUUCCCUUUCUGCUUCUACGCUGACGCCGCGGACGCUGGCGAUGGCGAGUGCCGCCCGCAUCGCCCCGAACGCGGGAGACCUGAUCGGCAGUCCCGUCGGAGACACCUCCCGCGACCGCUUGUUCGGCGUAUUCGCUGGAUCGGACGAUGGCGCCGGAGCCGCAGUCGCGCGGGGCGAAGGCGACGCUUCCUCGGCGCGCGACUCACAGGCUUCAGAGAGGGGGGCGAACGAGGCCGGAGAGUCGGAAGGGGCUGCGGCGAGGUCAACGACACGCUGCCUCGAGAGACAGCGGAGAGAAGACAAGCAUGCGAAUGCGGAGAUGCUCAAGAGUCGAGAGGCGCCGACCGAGCCUGGCAUACGGGUGACACAGACAGCGGAGACAGAAAUGGGAGAAAGAGAGAAUGGGGCGACAGAGGACAGAGGGACCGAGAGCGGGGAGAUCGAGGAAGAGGAGACGGAAAAAGUUUCGCAGUUGGGGGAACAGGAACAGCGAGCAGGCGGAAAGGAUACGAAGAGAAGCAAGCAGGGAGGGAGGAAACAAUCCGACGCAAGCCCGAUGCGGGACAUCUACUACUGGGGAGGGGAGCGCGUCGAUUUUCAGUACCUCGCUGGCAUCGUUGCCGCCUGGGUGCUGGCUAGCUAUUUCUACGCCCUGGGAGGCUCCACGUUGUCGAUUGUGUGUGCAGGGGUCUUGAGUUUGUGGACCGUCUUGUCAGUCGGGGAACUCGGAUUCAACGAGCGAAUUCGACUUCACUUGUUCAAGUCUGUGAAUCUCUUUGGCUCGGCGAAUCUCUUCCGAGCUCUGAGCUCUCCGUCGCUGUGGACCACGGCGGUUCUGACGGCCGCGAGAGAUCUGUGGGUGGGAAUCGGACUCUUCUCCUCUCUCAGCUCGCGCGUGAGAAUCGGCCAGAACGUGAUGGCAGAGGCGACGGGUGCGACGCUCACGAGCCUCGUCACGUCCGUCACGAAAUGUCUGGCCGCUGUCAGCGCGAUCUCCUUCGCCUCGAAGCCCCUCGGCAUCUCAGCGCGCCUCGUGUUGCAAGACGCGCCUGUUGCCCACAUCUUCGUCGUCUAUCCAGCCGCUGUCUUCCUCGACGAACCGUUCGAGCGAAUCAUGGCCACUGCGGUGUACGCAGGGGCGACAGUGCUGCUCACAGCUACGCUGUCGCUUCUCGUGUUCUCGCUAGUGAAAGCGAUUCAAGAAUGCGACAUUUUUGGAAAAAGCUUGUCGAAUCGCGUCCCGCUGAUUCUCGUCCUCGUCCUCUUCCUUUUCUCCCUCCCCCAAGCUACCGUCAACGGCCGCUAUGUCAUUGCUUUCCUGCGAAAACAUGUGGGCGCUGCUGGACAUCUCUGGGGUUGUCUGGGCAUCUCCGUGGUCGCUGGUUGGUGUCACGGCAUCCGCCGCCAAACAGAAGUUCUCGGCGAAGCGCCUGUGUUUCUCUUCGCGCUCUUCAACUGGCUGUCGAUGGCCGCGUUCGCUUGCUUCUGGGUGCUGCUGGAGUCUCCUGGGGCCUUCCUCACCUACUGGAUAGGAUCCCUGUUUGCGUGCAUUGCCUCCGCGUAUUUCCUCGCUCGAGCCGCCCCGAGGCUGCAAGACGCUUGGGAGAAAAAGAAGUCUGUCGACCCAGAGACCGGGAAGAUCUCUGCGGCUGCCAAGAAACGUCGAGCUGUCACUGUUCAGGACCGCAUGUGGUGGUUGUUAGUGGGCAACACAGAAGUUCUGCGAGUUGAGUUCUCUCGCGUCAUCAGUGGACAAGCCUCGGUCCACGCCUUCACAGUCUGGUGGACCAUCUGCAUCAAGUGGGUGACGCCCUUCGCUCUCGUCCCCUCCGUGAUGACGCUGGCGCUCAACCAGUUUCAUGCGCUUCGACAAGGCGGAACAGAUUCUCUCCACGUCGCUGCAUGCGGCCUGACAUGCGCGGUCUGGGCGCUGCUAGGCUUCGUCUUCUUCUACUGUCUUUUCUGGCCAGACGGCCUUCGCGGUCUGCCGAAGUUUCCAAGCCAGCAGGUGCUGCCGAUGUCGAAGUUGCCCGACAAUCUGGGACCCGCGGCGGGGACUCCUUCUGCGGGAUACCAUCCGCGUUUGCUUUUCGCAGAGUUUUACAAAGACGCAUGCAGUCCGACAGCCCGGCUGAUGGCGUACAUGUACUGCGCCAGAGCAGACACUCUCCUAUCUCGUCUUCGUGAGCACGAAGAGCUUGAGGAGACAGCGACUCCGGCCACAGCGCCUGCCUCAGAGUCUCUCUCGCUCCUACACUUUCUCUUUGGGGUCCCUUCGCGUGUGUCUGAGAGGGGCGACGGGGCGACGAAGCAUCGACCGACCUCUCGACUCUCGUCUUUCUCCCCGAGAAGUCUGGAACAUGGUUCCUUCCCCGCAUGUCCGCAUGUGAAGCCGAAGAACAGUUUCCGGUCGGCUUGUCCCUCCGUCUCGCCGAAGGAGAGAGGCGACCCAACAUCGCCGUGCUUGUCCUCUGUCUCAGUAGUACCUCAGUCCGCGGCCAGACGCUUCUCCGCCUGUCACCUCCCUCUCUACUCUCGACGGCAGGGAGGGAUUUCUAGGCAGCCGUCGCGGUUGUCUCUGACUGAAAAACACUGGAAGGUUGCGACUGACGAACUCGCCUGACUCCCACGCGAGAGAGGAAGCCAAGGAUUCGGCUUAUAUUCGGCGAAUCCGGAAAUACCCCAGACUUUGUUCCACAGAAGACUCCAAGCCCCGCCGAGGUUUCCGGGGGUGUGAGUUGUGGUUCGUUUGUGUAUAGCUGAUUUAGUUUUGCCGAAAGUGAUGGGUGCCAUCGGUUCAUUGUCCCGUUCCCCUGCCUUUGCAGGUUUUCGGCUUGGAUUUGGGUGCAAGAGACCUCGUCCGAAGCUUCCAGAUGUAGACAGAGGAGACAGGAAGCGGAACGGGGACGGACGCAGGGGGCUUGAAGACACCUGUGGGGAGCCGACCGUGUCCCUUCGGUGUCUCCUCGAUUUUAUGAGGUGCCUCCUCGAUUUUAUGAGGGGUCUCAUCGAUUUUGUGAGGGGUCUCAUCGAUUUUGUGAGGUGUCUCCUCGUUUUUGCAAAGUGUCUCCUGUCUCCGCUCUUUCGCGCGCCGAGAGUCAGCUGCAGGAGCCUGUGUCGCGAGGAAGAAAAGCAUUUGAGUGAAGAGAAACACAAGCGGAGGGGGGGCAGAAGCAGAGAACACAAGGUCUGCGACACUGCAAAAGUCCAAGGAGGAAAGCAGAAGCAUGCAUCCAGAAGGCGACAAAUGCGUCAUGUACCAUAAAUUCAGAAAGGCGCGUUCGCACUUGAGGGUGACGAAACGGCACGAGUCGACGAGGAAACGACCUGAUGGAUUGUUGACGAGAAGCGAACCCCCUAGGGGAAGAGUGAAGAGCCAAAGGAAGAAGAAGUGGAAAGCUUUCGCAUCUUCGAAAGAGUUCUCGUCGCCGAACGCAGGGAGGCGCACUCCUGGACUUGUUGAGGAUUUAAUCGGCUUUUAUCUUUGAUGCAUCGACCGACGAAUGUUGUACAGACGCAUUCACGUGGAACUGUGGAGGUAAGGCCACAAAAUGCCGAAAUGUUUUUUGGGCUCAUUGGGGAAGGACAAAUUUGUAUGGAGCAGCGAAACACUGAGUUCAGCUCGAGAGUCCCUGGACAGGUGCAGAGACGCCGAGAGGCGAGUCGAGUGGCUGAGUCUUUUAUUUGUGUCGACAAAUUGCCAUAUGUCUCAUUUUUGGGGGAAAACGCUUUCAGUACCUACACGCUGCAGGAGACCUUCGCUGCUUCCGUCUUUCCCCCCAGCGUCUCGGUUACGAGAUCCGAAUGAAGUGACAAAUCUCCUCUCUUGGCUUUCCGUUUCCGACAUUGUACGGGAACUACGGUCUCGUAGAGCCCACAUCGUGAGGAGCUCCCUUUUCCGUGUGGGGUCCUCUGUUUCGAUCUGUCUGCUCGGCAGUGGCUUCGAGAGUUUAGUGCAGUCUCUCUUGGGCUGCUCUUUUGCGACGUCUGCGUGACGAUUUGAGUUCAGCGGACAAAACUGUA